AUGCCUGGACCAGCAGCAAGUGCAACUAAUGUUGGGGCAUCUAGCCGUUCCCCCAGCAAGACGGUGGCUCCACGCGCAGCAGGCUCCACAGUCAGACAAAGAAAGGUGACCAGCAGCGGUACGCGCAGCGGUGGCAGGACCACGGGAUCCGCAGGCACCGGUGGCAUGUGGCGCUUCUACACCGAAGACUCACCAGGCCUCAAAGUCGGCCCGGUGCCAGUGCUGGUGAUGAGUCUCUUGUUUAUUGCCUCGGUCUUCAUGCUUCACAUCUGGGGGAAGUACACCCGCUCUUAA